GAGUCAUGUGGCUGGAAAUUGUCCUCGCCUCAGUGCUGGGCCUUGUCAUCUACUGGUUCGUCUCCCGGGACAAGGAGGAAACGCUGCCGCUUGAAGAUGGGUGGUGGGGGCCUGGGGCGCGGCCCCCCGGCGGGGAGGAUGAGAGCAUUCGCCCUUUCAAGGUGGAAACAUCGGACGAGGAGAUCGAUGAUUUACACCGGAGAAUAGACAAGGCGCGUCUAACUCCCCCCUUGGAGGACAGCCGCUUCCACUAUGGUUUCAACGCCAGCUACCUGAAGAAAAUCCUCUCCUACUGGCGGAAUGGAUUUGACUGGAGGAAGCAGGUGGAGGUUCUCAACAGAUACCCUCACUUCAAGACUAAGAUUGAAGGGCUAGACAUCCACUUCAUCCACGUGAAGCCCCACGAGCUGCCCUCCGGCCGUGCCGCAAAGCCCUUGCUGAUGGUGCAUGGCUGGCCCGGCUCCUUCUACGAGUUUUAUAACAUCAUCCCUCUCCUGACUGACCCCAAGAACCAUGGCCUGAGCGAUGAGCACGUUUUUGAAGUCAUCUGCCCAUCGAUUCCCGGCUACGGCUUCUCCGAGGCCUCCUCCAAGAAGGGUAUGGGGGCCGCCGGAGGCUUGGCCACUGCCAGGAUCUUUUAUAAGCUGAUGCUACGGCUGGGCUUCCAGGAAUUUUAUAUUCAAGGUGGGGACUGGGGGUCCCUGAUCUGCACCAACAUGGCCCAGCUGGUACCCAGCCACGUGAAAGGCAUGCACUUGAACAUGGCUUUGAUUUUAAGAAACUUCUACACCCUCACCCUUUUCCUGGGACGGCGUUUCGGGGGGCUUUUCGGCUACACCGAGAGGGAUAUGGAGCUGUUGUACCCCGUCAAGGAGAAGAUUUUCUACAGCAUAAUUAGGGAGAGUGGCUACAUGCACAUCCAGUCCACCAAGCCGGACACUGUGGGCUGUGCCCUGAAUGACUCUCCCGUGGGACUGGCCGCCUACAUUCUAGAGAAGUUUUCCACCUGGACCAAUUCAGAGUUCCGAGACCUGGAGGACGGAGGCCUGGAGAGGAAGUUCUCCCUGGACGACCUGCUGACCAAUGUCAUGAUCUACUGGACGACGGGCACCAUCACCUCCUCCCAGCGCUUCUACAAGGAAAACAUGGGGAAGAACUUCACAGCUGAGAAGCCCUUUCGGAUGAAGGUCCAGGUGCCCACUGGCUUUGCCGCCUUCCCUUGUGAGUUAUUGCACAUCCCAGAAAAGUGGUUGAAGUUCAAGUACCCAAAGCUCAUCUCCUACUCCUACAUGGCCCGUGGGGGCCACUUUGCUGCCUUGGAGGAGCCGGAGCUGCUCGCCCGGGACAUCAUCAAGUUUGUGGGGCUGCUGGAGCGGCAGUGACGUGGGGAGACUGGCUGCCUCCGCCUUCUCGGUGAAGAGCCCUUUUCUGGGGGGUGGGUUUGCUUCUGCCUUCCGCCCAUCCCAGGACCCCCGCGCUCAUGUGCCAAGCAACGUGGCUUUAAAGAUAAAUGAUUUUACUUCUGA